AUGGAAGCAACAACUCCUACCACCAUUACUUCUCUUAAUGAUGGAGGAGAAGUAGGAAAAAUUGUUACUUUGAAUGAGAAUGAUGCGGAUGUUCAUGCCAUCAUGGCACAGACACUCCAGAAGUAUGUGAUUAUCGAAACAAACUAUAACAACAAUAGAUACUUGCACUUGCGCACAGAAAAUCCAGCGGUAGCUGAUGCUCUCCGGUUUGACGGAGAUUACAGUUAUGACCUCGACACGAGGUUUGAGGUGGUACCAGCUACCAAGGGAACUGGACUCGUCCAUAUACGGUCCUUGCAGAAUUAUAAGUACUGGGUAAAUUUGGAUGAGACCAAGAACAACUUUGUCACUGCCACGGCCGUCAAACCCGAGGAGAAUCAGGCUGACAAACAAUGCACGCUCUUCCAACCUGUUUUCUUGAAAGCAGAUAGUAACGGCAUCCUUAGGCUUCGUCAUGUCAGCACCGGUGCAUACGUUGCGUUCUUUCUGGGUACCGGCAAUUCUUACGGCUUGUUGUGUUUAUCGCAUUAUCACGAUGCUGCUGGGACAUAUAAUGUGUGCACCGUCCUUGACUGGGACUCUAUCGCUGUGUUGCCCGACCUUAUAAGGAUCAAGGGCGUAAAAAGCGGAAACCACCUUAAGGCAUUUGAAGACGGGUAUAUGGACUACAAUAACAAAGCUGACAAUUCCUCAUUGUUUGACUUUGAAGUGUCUCCAAGUCGCGGCGGAGGCAUCCGCCUGAAGAGUGCUCGCUUUGGAAAGUAUUGGAUGGAUAUGGAUCGUAGUGAUUGGGUAUUGUUAAUGCAGGACACCUCCACAGACUUCCAUGACUUUGAGGACUAUAACAAGGAGAACUGCCUCGCCACGCUUAAUACCUAUCCCGACGAUUGGAGUUACAUGGAGAUUGAGGAGCCAGUUAUAUCAAGGAAGAUCGAAAACGUCAGAUAUCACCUCAAUGAUGCAAGGAUUUACAACGAGCAGACAAUUGCACUUGUCAGUGAUGAAUUGAGCAACAAAACUCCAAAUUCCUUAACGUCGGAAUUAAAUCUCAAGACUACGGUUUCCAAUACAACCAAUUGGAGUACAAGUGUCUCGCUGUCGGUGGGAGUCAAGAUGAGUGUAACCUUUGGUGUCCCAUUCAUUAAAUCGGGUUCAGGUGAGAUUGAGAUUUCAGGUGAUGUUACCAAAUCUUCCGAGUGGGGGGAAACGGAGACCAAAAGCCUUGAAGUGGGGUCCGUGAAAACUGUCAAUGUGCCAUCUAUGACUAGGGUAAAGGCAAAUCUGAUGGCAACACGGAUUUCGUACGGCAUACCUUUCUCGUACACUCAGCAUGACCUUUUGGAAAAUGGAAGUACAAAAGUUACUGAUAAGAACGAUGGCUUUUUUACCGGCCACAAUGGUUACGGCUAUACGUACGAGGUUGUCCAGCUUCCUCUCGAGUAA